CGCCGUGUCUUUCUCACCGGUGCUAUAGUAGAGUUUUUGAACGAGUGAUUCUCAGCGGACAUUCCCUCGUUUUCUACCCGGUAUAGUUUGAGGUUAGUACCGACAGCGAAACACCUUCGUGUCGUGAACUUAACUCACAUAGAGAAUUCAGGCUGUGGAUUUAUCUCACUGUCUGCAUGGCAUUCUGGAGUACUCGCUAUAGAAAGUAAGCGUGGUUAUGUUAGCUUAUGAAAGGUACAAUUGUACAAAAGUUACAAAUACGGUCAGUACAGACUACGGGUUAGGUAAUGUCAAUGUAGUGGCUUCUUUUUCCCUUUAUGUGUGUGUCUAUUACUGGGGGGUACAGUGUAGUUUUGACACGAGGAUGCCGUUGUGUGCACUUCUUUCUGUAUUCUGCCUAAUUCUCUCUUUUAUACAAACUCACAGAUUCGUCCACCUGCAAUGGAAAACGCACGCGCAGACACGUUUUUGAUCACUGGAGGAUGUGGCUAUUUUGGUUAUCGCCUGGCAUGCUCCCUGCACGGACAAGGAGCCAAGAUCAUUCUGUUUGACACAGUUCCUCCCAAGCAAGAAGUGCCAGAGGACUUUAUGUUUGUUCAAGGAGAUAUACGUGAGUAUGCGCAAGUUGAGGAGGCCGUCGCUGGCGCGGACUGCGUGUUCCACGUCGCCUCCUAUGGCAUGUCCGGCAGAGAGCAGCUUAACCGCCAUCUGAUCGAGGCGGUGAACGUUCAAGGCACAGAGAACGUCCUGAGGGCUUGCGUGGAGCACGGAGUGCCCAGGCUAGUUUACACCAGCACCUUCAACGUGGUGUUCGGAGGCCAAGUGAUAGAGAACGGGGACGAGAGCCUCCCUUAUCUACCUCUCCAUCUGCACCCCGACCACUACUCCAGAACCAAGUCGCUGGCGGAGAUGGCAGUGCUGAAAGCCGACGGCACGGCACUGAAGGACGGCUCCGGGGUGCUGAGAUGCUGCGCGCUGCGUCCGGCAGGAAUCUACGGGCCUGGCGAACAGAGGCACCUGCCCAGGAUAGUUGGCUACAUAGAGAAGGGGAUCUUCAGGUUUGUUUACGGUGAGCCCGGCAGCCUGGUGGAGUUUGUCCAUGUGGACAACCUGGUGUCGGCGCACAAGCUCGCCGCUGAGGCGCUGGCCUCAGAGAAGCAGCACCGCUCUGCUGGCCAGGCCUACUUCAUCUCAGACGGAAGGCCUGUCAACAAUUUUGAAUUCUUCAGGCCUCUGGUAGAGGGCUUGGGCUAUCCUUUCCCCAAACUGUGCCUUCCUGUCUCUCUCAUCUACUUUGUUGCCUUUCUCACAGAAACGAUCCACCACCUCAUCGGGCCCUUCUAUAACUUCCAGCCGCUGUUGACACGCACAGAGGUGUAUAAGACCGGCGUGACGCACUACUUCAGCAUGGCAAAAGCUAAGGCGGAGCUCGGUUAUGAGCCCCAGGAGUACAACCUGGAUGAGGUCGUACAAUGGUUCAGAAGCAGAGGCCAUGGGAGAAAAUCUCACAGCUCCCCCCUCGGCCGAUUGCUACGAGACAUCCUGUUUGUUUCCGCCUUUGUUGCCGUGGUUCUCUCUUUUCUUCCAUUUGUUGGCAGUUGAGGAGCAGCUGAAGCAAAAACAUGAUUCUGAUAUUUUCCAAAAUGCCAUACAUCCCUUAUCGUGACAAAGUUAGGAUUUUAUUGUCAUAUAUGAAAUUUGACUUCUGCAUUUAACCCAUUCAUAGCUUAUUGGGAGCAGUGGGCUGCU